AUGAAUAAGCGCAAACUAUCAUCGGAGUCUGACGACUCAGAUUUGGUCAAGUUGUGUUCAUUCCUUCUGCCGGAGGUUCAGAGAAUUGUUAAUGAUCACAGGGUGUCGGAGAAAUCUCCAAUCAGACCGUUGUUAGAAGAUAUAUUGCGCCAUGAUGGAAUAAUUCCCGUUCUCAGAGAAUCUUCCAAAGCUAUACAGCAUCCCUCAAUCAGGAAAGCGCAUUCAAGCGAGGUACCAAAUACUGAAUUUUCUAGAGCUUUGGUUUCCACCAUCAACAAAGGCAUUCAAAAGGAUGGAAAAAUUGUGCGAGACUGUUUGCGCACCAAGCCGGCGAAUAAUAGCAGUCAUUAUCCGGCAAUCCAAGCAGCGAGCAGUCUUCCUUCGAAGUACAUCGGUUCCGCAGUGAUACCACCUCCAAAGCCAACCAAUUAUGUUCCGAACACGUCAAAGAAGCCCGCACCUAGUACCUUGGAGAUCUCACAAAUGCCUCCGCUAAAAGACCGAAGAAUAUACUUUCUCAAACGGCAUGAGACUUCCGACGUACCAUACCUUGCGCAAACCGAAUUCCCAGAAUUUAUUACUGUAGGAGAAGAGAAAUUCUUUCAGAUGUGUCCUUUCGCAGGUUUCGCAUUUGAUGUAAAACGAAUCGGGAUGUUUCCAGAUCUGGAUGAUAAGGCAAUCUAUGACCCUGAAUCAACCCGAAACAAAAAGAGAUGCAUUGGUAAAGCGAAAAUCAUCUACUUGGCUAACUUGAUAGACUCUACCUAUUUCAAUGAGAUACGAGGCUCUCAGUCUCCAUACGCUAUAAGAAUACUUUGCGGAUGGAGUAUUGAGAAGAUAUGGCUCAACACGAGAACUUGGGUAUUGUUCGUCGAUGGAAAAUCCUUCGAGGAGCGGAUUUCUUCUGAGGCGGAAUUGGAUGAAGUUUGUAUGCUUGGUAGUUUUCUUGGUGCGAACACAGAGGGAACUGCUCUCCUACGAAAGAGGUACCGGAAGCAUAGGUCGAAGGAAUAUCAUAGUGAUCCUACUAAAACCGGUAAUUCUCUUGUAAAUAAGAGAGCUCUGGAAUCAGGCAUAUCGUCGGUAGAUGAGGCACAUAGUAAGAGACUACGUGGGAACGAUUAUGUUGCGGACGAGGCUCAGAACGUGACUUCAGACUUGGGAUGGCGACAUCGUGAUGAUUGA